AUGUAUCCUCAAACAGGUGCUCAAAUCCCUAUGGCACCACCCCAAAAGCCUGAAACUUUUAUGCUCUCCUCCGAAGCACAGCGAAGCCUGCCUCACGACGCGCAAGUUGCCCUUCAGCAAGUGGAUAAUCUGAAAUAUUUCCUUCUGUCAGCUCCCGUUGACUGGCAACCGGAUCAACUCAUUCGACGCUUUUUGCUUCCCACAGGCGACUAUGUCUCUUGUGUUUACUGGAGUGGCCUUUUCCACAUCUCCGGUACCGAUAUUGUCCGAUGUCUCGCAUUUCGAUUCCAAGCCUUUGGACGUCCGGUGAAGAACUCGAAAAAGUUUGAGGAGGGCAUUUUCUCGGAUCUACGAAAUCUCAAGGCCGGCGUAGACGCGGUCCUGGAGGACCCAAAGAGCCCGUUCCUGGACUUCUUGUACAAAAACAACUGUAUUCGGACGCAAAAGAAGCAAAAGGUGUUUUACUGGUACGGCGUGCCCCACGACCGGCUAUUCCUCGAUGCAUUGGAACGGGACUUGAAGCGCGAGAAAAUGAACCAGGAGGCCACCACGGUCGCAGUCAGUGAACCGGCCAUGUCCUUCGAAUUCGACUCGUCCCAGUCUCUGUACGAGCAAUUGACCAAGUCACAACAAGUGAAUAUGAACUCGUUCGCUGCGCACGCAAGUACGACAUAUGGCCAGCCCAACUCCCCCGUGGUUCGGACCGUUGACGCAAUGCCUCCUCCGCAGAUGGCUCCCCCAGCGAUCCCCCUGCUCCAGGACUCUGGGAAUCAGAUGUACAGCCAGCCUCAGAUGCCCCUUUCGAACAAUCUAGUCCAGAGCAUCAUUAAGCGCGAGCAGGACUACGGCCCCAUCCAGUACGAUCGUCACGGAAUGCCCAUCUCCCGCCCCCAUCAGCGCCAUUCUUCCAUGCCGACCUUCUAUGAGUACUCUCCUGCCCCAUCCUUCGUAUCUUCGCAAUAUGAGGAUUACAGCAAUCGCGGCCUGUCCUUCGAGCCAGUCACACCGCCGCAGCAUUCGGUCGGACUCGGAGGGGAACCAGCUUACAUCGCCAACGAAGACACUGGACUUUACACAGCGAUCCCAGAUAUCUCAAGUGGACCCGCCUACCACCCUAUGAUGCAGCUGCCUCCUUCGAAUCUGUCUAGUGCUCAGUAUCAGCCUGCGCCCCGGUCCUUCUCAGCAAACCCGUAUCCUGUCAUCGAGGGAUCCCCGACAUACAAACAGCGCAGACGUAGGUCAUCUAUCCCGCCCAGCACCGGUGCUGUCGCACCCAGUGGCGCAGUUCAUGCCCAAUCGACAACUCCAGGACCUCAGUCGACCUCCUACGCUGCUCACAGACCAAGUGAUCUGCGGCGUUCGGUUUCUAGCUCAGUCGCUCCAGUUGCAGAGGGGGAUGAAGCUGCCCAGGAAAUCGCUCGGACUUACCCAAGUGCGAUGCUGCCACAAAAGGAUCUUCUUCAUGAGAUGUCCCGUCAUAGCACGCCGUUGCAGAACCUAGAUCAGAGCACCGCACAACAUCCAGGCUCAAUGGCAAACCAAUCCAACGAUCUGACAUCUCUGCCAAGCAGUGCUGCCAUCGAGACUGCGGUUUCAAAUACUACUAGUCGGUCCGAGCGUUCGGCGCCUGGUCCUACUCGGAGAGCCAGGAGUGCAACUAUGAUGGAGUUGGGACCGUAUCCAACCAAGGCGCAUUCUUGCCCCAUCCCGUCAUGCGGUAGAACCUUCAAGAGAUUAGAACACCUCAAAAGACACGUGAGAACUCACACACAAGAGCGUCCGUACCCAUGCCCUUAUUGCAGCAAAGCUUUCUCGAGGUCCGAUAAUCUUGCUCAACAUCGUCGGAUCCACGAAGCGCAGCAGGAUGGUCAGACUGUUGCCCCAACUGACGAGGAUCUGGAGAAUGAAGCGCAUGAAUUCGGUUCCCCCAGGGAAGACAUGUCCCCACCGGAGCCCGCUCACACAAUGAUUGGCAUGCCCAACAUGACGUCGAUGGCAGCUCCCUUGAGCAUGCCGUCCGCCCUGACCGGCAUGCCUACUUCACACAUGAUCGCCCCGCAACUUCUCCAGCAACACAUGUGA